UAAAAAACCCAGUGAAUAUAGAACCGUUACAUUCUGUACUGGCUUUAUUGGGCGAUGUCCAAAAAUGAAAGAAGACAAUUUUUCGUGAAAUACCGAUUUUGCAUUAUCUUAUCUCUUCACUUCUCUUAAAUAAAUAAAUAAAUAUUAAUUACCCAAAUAUUUAUCAACAAAAUACAUAUAUACAAAACCUGUACCUCCGGUUUUGCCUAGUAUAAUCUAACAACAAUGCUAUUACUAUAUGUAUACAUAUAGCCUAUGUAUCUAUAUAUAUAUCUAUAUUACUAAUUAUAACUUAAGCUAAGAAAAAAAUGGAGUAUGAGGAUCAAGAUGACCCGGGUGAGUCCGGGUCAGGACCCGGUUACAACGACUCACUCGGCAACUCCAACUCGACUCACCCGCCGACCAAAUUGCCCAGCCCUGUCGGCGAGGCGGCGGGCACGCCGCCGCCUCUCCGGAGGCAUCGCUACAAGGAGUGUUUGAAGAACCACGCCGUCGGCAUGGGCGGCCACGCCGUGGACGGCUGCGGAGAGUUCCUCCCGGCGGGUGAGGACGGCACCCUCGAAUCCCUCCGGUGCGCCGCCUGCAAUUGCCACCGCAAUUUCCACCGCAAGGAGAACGAGGGCGCCGCCGCCGCCGCCGCCGUAGGCGGCGGCGGCGCGUUCCCCCUCCACCAAUACCCUCACCACCAGCAGAUGUUCUUGACCCACCACCCACAUGGGCAUUUCGGCUACCGCGGCCCGACCGGGUACCUCCAGGUGGCGCCGCCGCGGGCGGCGGCGCCGCCGCCGCUGGCACUACCUUCCAGCUCCGGCGGUGGAGCUGGGAGCGGGUCGAGGGAUGAGAUGGAGGAGUACUACUCGAACCCGAGCAGCAGCGGCGGAGGCGGCGGCGCCGCCGCGAAGAAGAGGGCGAGGACGAAAUUCACGGCGGAGCAAAAGGAGAAGAUGCUGAACUUGGCGGAGAGAUUGGAGUGGAGAAUUCAGAAGCAGGAUGAAGAAAUGGUGCAGCAGUUGUGCGGGGAGAUGGGCAUAAAAAGGCACGUGCUGAAAGUGUGGAUGCACAACAACAAAGUCACUCUUGGUAAGAAAACCUAGGAUCUUGGUCGGAAAAUUAUUAAUUAUUAAUUAUUAAUUAUUGGGGGAAUUAAAUCUUUUGAUGUUGUUGUUGUUUAGUAAGUUUUUUUUGUUAUUAGAGUACAUGCAGAAUUGAAGAAGAAUUAAUUAAUUGAUUAGAGCAUUAUUAUUGUUUUGAAUUUGAAAUUUGAGAAUUUAGUUUGUUCGGAUUAAUAAUCUAUGUUAAAUUAGGGUUUCUUGAAAAAAGAAAAGGUUCUUCAUCUUCUCCAAAAUGUGGUUAGAGCAUUUAUUUCUGCAGAAAAGCAUAACUGUAUUGUAUGUGUUUUUUAUUGGUGUUGGUAGAUUUUGGAAGUCUGUGCUUUUAAUUUUCUGAUGAAUGAAUUGAAUUGACUUUUU